CAAUGGGCGGUUGGUACAACUCCUAACCUCAAAUUGAAAUUGCGCGAUAUUUUACAAACAGUAAUUAUUUUUCUCCGUUUUGAGACCUUAUUUAAUUUUAACAAAGUUGCUUCAAAACUAGAAAAUGUCAGAGCCUUCAAGCAAAGAUAGUGCAGCAACUAAAGCACCUAUGGUUUACAUUUGUGGUGAAUGCCACAACGAAAACGAAAUAAGACCAAGAGAUCCCAUCAGAUGCAGAGAAUGUGGAUAUCGUAUCAUGUACAAGAAACGUACCAAGAGAUUGGUUGUGUUUGACGCAAGAUGAAGAUAAUCUUCAAGAACCUUUAGUCAUAGAAAAUAUAAUCUUAAUAUUUUGUGAUGAUUUCUAAAUAAAGCUUAUAUUAAAGUAA